AUGAUAUCUUUUACAAGUCCAACGACCAGUCUUGUCUUGCUGGCUAUAGGCUCUGCUUAUGCCACUACAGAGGCUGGGAAAUGGCCCUAUCAAACAUUCGUGACCGAACCAGAUUUUCAUCCUCCCAUCUUUGACAUUGAGAAAAAUGAGGAGGCGAUAGCAGAAGGUCUGAUCCUCUUCACUCCUUCCACUGAAAGCCGAGCCAACAUUGCUGCAAAGGAACUUGCUUCGGCGAUGAUAAUGACUGAUGAUGGCGAGCUUGUAUGGAACGGCGACACCGCGAAGCCGCAGACCAACCUCUUUGUCCAACAACUUGAUGGAAGACCGGUUUUGUCCCAUUGGCGGGGUACUGGCUCUAAUACCGGCCAUGGAUACGGUUCCACUACAAUUGUCGACGAUACCUACAGUGCCAUCUACGAGAUCUGUCUUCAAGGCGACUUUGUCACUUCCGACGGAACAUCUCACGACUGCUACAACGAUCUCCACGAGUCCUUCAUCACUGAUGAAGGAACUAUCCUGGUGACUGCGGUCAAUGCGACUACCGCCAACCUGACUUCCGUGGGCGGUCCACCAGACGGGUGGAUAUGGGAUACCAUGUUCUACGAGAUCGAUGUCAAGACUAAUGAGACCGUGUUCCGCUGGAGCCCUUACGAGGCCGGUAUCUCUUUCAAUCAGUCGAAGGCUACUUUUAGCAGCGGUGAUGCAGGGGACGGCACCAAGGGAACGCCCUGGGAUUGGUUCCACAUGAAUGCCGUGCAACGUAUUGGGAACAAGUACCUUGUCAAUUCUCGUCACACUUGGUCUACCUACCUGCUCGACAGCAAGGGGGGCAUUGAAUGGCGAAUUGAUGGCGGCGAUGGCGGUGACUUUGUGCUGCCUUUCGCUGAUCUCUUCAGAUGGCAACAUCAUGCUCGCGGCUAUAACUUGACCGACUCAUCUGUCGAGAUCCAUUGGUUCAACAACAACAACACCAACUGGGACAAUACCACUACCACUUCCGGUCUGAAGCUAAGCCUGGAUUUAAAGGAGAAGACCGCCACACUCCUGGAAGUAUUUGAAGAUCCCACGGAUCCUAUCUACACUGAUUCCCAGGGAUCAUUCUGGCCCUUGCCCAAUGGAAACACUCUUAUUGGCUACGGAAGUAUCCCGAAGAUCAAGGAAUUCGGCCCUGAUGGCAACCCCCGUAUGACCCUGACCUUCGGCGAGAACGACUUGGUAAUGUCCUACCGAUCCUACCGCCAGAUCUGGCAUGCCACUCCUCACUACCCGCCCAAGGCCUGUGGUAGUGAUAAGGUGGUUUAUAUGAGCUGGAAUGGUGCUACUGACGUGACUGAUUGGGUCGUUUAUGGUGGGAGCUCCAGGGAAAGCCUGUCACAGCUUGGAAAGGUUGCUAAGGACGGCUUUGAGAAUUCAUUUAACUUGGAAUCCUUCGCUGCAUACGUGCGGGUUGAGGCAUAUGACGGAAGCAAGUUGCUUGGUAAGUCAGAUGUCGUUACUGGAGAGUCGUGCUAG